UAAGGCGAGGGGGUUGUUCGUUAGUACGCCGUGGCCUGUUGGGCGGGCGGGCGGGGUACUUUGUUGGCGUCUGCGUGCGGGUCCACGGACAAGGCGGCCGGGCCUCUCCCUCCCGACAAAGGGCGAGAGGGGCGGGAGGAGCAGCAGCAGCAGCAGGAGGAGGUGGAGGAGGUGGUGGUGGAGGAGGAGGUGGUGGUGGGGGAAGACGCAGAGGCAGAGACGGACGAACUGGGCGAGCAAGCGGUCCGGGUGAGGAAGAGAAGCCAUCAGCAGCAGCACAAGCCAGCAGCAGCAGCAGCCAUGGCCGACUUCCUACCCACGGACUCGUGCCUCGCCGGCUGCUUCCCCACAUGCUUCCUCUCGCAGAGGGAGAUCGAGCAGCGUCGCAAGAGCAAGCAGAUCGACGCCAUGCUGUCGCGGGAGAAGCACCUGGCCCGUCGGGUCGUCAAGGUGCUGCUGCUGGGCGCCGGCGAGAGCGGCAAGAGCACAUUCCUCAAGCAGAUGCGCAUCAUCCACGGCCGCGACUUCGACCAGAGGGCCCUCGACGACUUCAGGGCCACCAUCUACGGCAACGUGAUCAAGGGCAUGCGGGUGCUGGUGGACGCACGACAGAAGCUGGGCAUCCCCUGGUCCGAGCAGGCCAACGAGAGGCACGCGGCGUUCACGAUGGCGUUCGACGGUCGGGGAGGCGGGGGGGGCCUCAACGAGGUGGCGCCCGCCGUCUUCCAGCAGUACGUGCCGGCCCUGCGGCACCUCUGGGCCGAUGGAGGCAUCGCCGAGGCGUACAGGAGGAGGCGGGAGUUCCAGCUGGGUGAAUCGGUCAAGUACUUCUUGGAUAACCUGGACAGACUUGGGGAGAUGAACUACCUGCCCAGCAGACAGGACGUGUUGCUUGCUCGCAAGGCCACCAAGGGCAUCGUGGAGCACGACUUCGACAUCAAGAAUAUCCCCUUCAAGAUGGUGGACGUGGGCGGGCAGCGGUCGCAGCGCCAAAAGUGGUUCCAGUGCUUCGAGGGCGUGACCUCCAUCCUCUUCCUCGUGUCGUCGAGUGAGUUCGACCAGGUGCUCAUGGAGGACCGCAAGACCAACCGCCUGGUCGAGUCGAUGAACAUCUUCGAAACCAUCGUCAACAAUCGGACCUUCCAGGGCGUUUCCAUCAUCCUGUUCCUCAACAAGACGGACCUGCUCGCCGAGAAGGUUCGCACAACGAGCAUCGCGGACUACUUCCCGGACUUUGUAGGCACGCCGCAUCAGCUGGAGGACGUGCAGAGGUUCCUGGUGCGCUCCUUCGACUCGAAGAGGCGUGAGCGCGCUACGCCGCUCUUCCACCACUUCACCACCGCCAUCGACACGGAGAACAUUCGCUACGUUUUCGAGGCCGUGCGGGAUACCAUACUGCGCGACAACCUCAAGCAGCUGAUGCUGCAGUGACGUUAACUCGGCUCCUCCCCACCUGCCCUCCCGCCCCCCCCAAGCUAACCUUUCAGUGAGCACUGCGGUGGCCUUUUGAGUCUGGGUUGAUGGUUUCUUCGAGUAAUUGUGAAUCGCUACAGGCAAGGGCUUCUCAAACUCCACUUCUUGUGCCUCGCACCCUGCUGGAAGCUUGCAAUUGUACCGGUCGGCCGUCUGACAUGGACUACGUGCAAUUUCGACUCAAGUUGCAUUUGAACGGAGAAGAGUGGUUAGUGUGGCGACGAGGAUGGAGCUGUGGCAUCGAAGCUUCAGUUUUGAAAGCCCUGGUAUAGACACUUAGCAGAAAUGCGAUUUAAAACAAAAAGCACUUUGUUGAAAAAAAAAGACCAGUUGAAAGAGAAAUCUGACUAGAUAUUCAGAAUUAGUUUUUGUUUCCAACUUGCUGAGGCUCUUUGACUGAAACGUUUUAUUUCAACAAAUUGUAUUAUUGUUUUUCCAUGUGUUCUGCCCACAUUACCCUCUGCGUUAGCCUUUUCCUGUCCAAAAGAAGAAGAAUAUCUCUGGGAAAUUGCCUGUUUGUUUUAUUUCACGUGAAAGAUUUUAAUUUGUUAAAUCUCUUUUUUAGAUAAUCCAGGUUAUAUUCCCUUACCCUUUUGCACAAUAUCGCUUAAUCAUUGUUCAUCCCAGGGCAAAUGAGGCUGCACUCUGGUAAUAGAAAUAAAAAAUGGGCAUGCCAUAUAUUUUCUAUAUUCGGUUCUCCUCUUUGGAGGAAGCUCUUUGUGCUCAUUUGUAAGAAGAAAACCUCUUGAUCAGAAUGUUGAUCUUAUUCCAUGGGUGUCACGAACUUGUCUGGGCUUAUGUUUACGGCGUUCCGUGAUGCGUCUCAUUUUAGCUGCUUAGUUUUACUACGGCCAUACGUGUAACGAGAGGGCUCUUUUAGGCCCUCGCAGAAAGAUUAUAGGGCCCACGUUGAAAGCAAAAAAAAAUAAUUGGUUCUAGCUUGGACAUUUUUUUCGACUUUAGUGGUCUCUUUGCCAAGAUGGUUACUGCUUAUUGCAGCUCGUGACAUGUAACUGUAGGAGAACAUCUGUGACUUGACCACAUUGCAGGAAUAGUGCCAUAUGUGUAAUUGUAGGUAUAUAGUAAUAAUAAUAUAAUCCGCUAGAAUAUAUUUGACACCAAAUUUUUUGUUGUUGCUGAAUGAUAGUGGGAUUGGUCCGUCCGCUGUUCUGCUUCAAGGGAGUCGAUGUUCAUUAAGGACUCGCCACGUAACAAGACAACGGUGCCUGGGCUUGCAUGGCUGCAAGGUUCUUUAACAUUCUGUCCGACACAGGAGCCUGAUAUAACCCUCCCAAAGUUGUCCUGUACUUCUUUUCUAAUCGGCCAGAGCUCAGCCUUUGCAUUAGGAGCUGAGUGACACUGUGAAUAGUAACAAACACACUGUACGCGAUUGAAAGCAUUUGUUUUAGACUGGAAGAUACCACUUAAAGAAAAUCUUUCCGAUUCGUGUAUUGUUUUUUGUUCCAUAUGUAUCUCAAACUUAGCAUUUUGUAUAUGUUUAACUUGCCUUAAAUCGCUCAAGAUUUUUUUUAUUAUUAUUAUUUAAUGGAAAAGAAACUUGAUUUUCCAUUUUGUUUUUAGAAAUUUUUAUUUUUUACUAAUUCUUUGGUACAGUCUCGUUUUGAGUGCGCACACCUUUGCACGCACACACGCCUACAAAGACUCUUCUUCCCUUCCCCACCCGCUCCGCUGUCCUCUUUGCAAGCGUUCAGCCGCCCUGGCAACGGUCGACCACGCCUUUGUUUAACACAGCACGUCUCUCGCUCUCUCGCUCGGUGCCUUCCGCGCGUGGGUUUCUUUAUUUAUGCAAGGUGUUUGAGAAGGGCGGGCAUCGUAAAUGGUGUGGUUGUGGGGCGGGGUACUCUCGUCUCCUCUGCCACGCCAGCGGUGUGGAGCCGGCCCGUUGGAGAAAGUUCCACGGAGCGCCCCACCAGGCAACGGCACUCGCCACACUUUCAAAAUCUGCCGCUUUCGGUUUUCCUGAUGCCGACCAUAGCUGUGUGUUCAGCCCACCGCAACCCCAGGGGGGGCCUUGAAGUCGCAAGGCUUCUUCUGCAAGUACACAUUUCAGGGAUAUUUUUUUUAAUUGUUUAUUAAUUGAUUCUAAUGGUAGCUGAGGCGUUGUGGACAUAUACGUACAUUUUUUUCCCCUUUUAGUCAUAGUCGCUAUAAUACCCGUAACUUGUUCUGUAUCGUCGUCAUGUAUUUUUGUAAGCUUUUAAUCCGAUUCAAAGUAUAACACGAGUAAAUAGGGCUUAUGUUUUUUUUUUGCGCUCCACAGGGCGUAGUGGAAUAUUAAAAUGUAAAAAAAAAAAAAUUUUUGUUUAGUUUAUUCCAUUUAUUUCGUGUCGUUAUUUGACGGCAAGCGAGUGUCGUCGUCUUCAAGCCAGGCGGCGACGCGGGGGCGGGGGGGCAUAAAUAAGUUGCGUUGCCGCAGCUUGUUGCCUCGAGCGCUGUCGAGGGCCAAACUCCAGAACCGCGGGUGCCUUCUGCUCGUCCUCGGCAAAAGCAAAAGAACCGUCGCCUCUGACGUUGUUGUCGAUGUAUUAUUACCCUCACUAGUUGCUGUUGUCGUGGGCGCAAUUCAACCCUGUUGCCAGUCUUCCCAGUUUGUGGCCGUGUGUGUGGUGCGCGCGCACGUCUCGGCCAAUCGGUGUGCUGCAGCUCGCCACCCCUGACCCCGUUCCCCCCCCGGGGGGGGGGGGGGGCGCCCACGUGUUGCCUGGACGAAUGAGCCAUUGUGUUUGUUGUGAUGGAACCGCGCGCCUCCACGCCUGCCACCCCCCCCCCCCCCCCGUUACCACUGAAGCGUAGGGGCACGUUCGUAGUUGGACGCUCGUGUGUCAUUGCCUUACGCGCGAGUAGCGGCUUUUGUCGUGGGCUUCUCGUGGAAAAGUUAAUUGGAAGUUGGGAGUAUGAAGCGUUUAUAUUUUUUUGUUUCCUCCGAUGACAGUCGAUGAGAAGAAGUAGCAGCUGGCAGUGCAGUUAUGGCAGCAGAUUGGGGAAUGUACAUAAUACGUGUGGGGGUGUGGGGGGCACACAUCUGAAUGCAUCACGUGGUAUUGUAACAAGGCGGAGUGUUUUUUUAGGCAUACACUUAUAGUACAUAAUACCGCGCACACACACACACACACACCGUGUUCUUAACAUUGUCGUGUUGCCUUUACACUUGACCAUGGUAAUUAAUAUAUGUUGCAGCCAGUAGCGGGCGCUGUUAAAGGUCGCAAGGUUAUGCCGGUCCAUUGGGACUGAUGAGAAAGAGGAUGUCCAGAAAUCCGCGGAAGAGCCAACCUUUUAAGACCACCGUUCGACCUUUUACUGAACACCGAUGUCGAUCGGUACCAAACUAGAAUUAAAGUAGAACGUGACAGCCAUGUGACUUUGCAUCAAGAGGGACAACUCCCAUCUGGAUGAAAAUGAGCAAGCAGCAAGGAGGAGGAUGAAUAAAACAACCCGAGAGAACUGUCAUUGUUCUGAAGUCGAAUCUUAACGGUUUGCUAGCUUCUGCGGAUUUCUUUUAUUGAUGGUGAUGGAGGGGCAUUGCUGCUGUGGGACUUUGAAGCAAGUGGUGGUUUUAGAUUGAAGGUCUUAGUGUAGUGCUUAGCAUGGGUGGGUGGGUGGGCCGCAUGCACUGCAGCUUUGUAGAGUCAAUGGUUAAUGGGCUAAGGUAUGUGUUGUUGGCUAGAGCAAGUGAGUGGAAGUAAUGUGAUUGUGGCAGGCAUAACCAUAUUAUACACAUGCUAAUAUCCUACUCUUUAUUAAAAUAAUAAAACUAAAAAGUACCACAUAUUAAAUGUGCAUUCUUACCAUUUUGUUGUACAUUUUAUGUUCCUAUUUUGGUAAAUUAUUAUGUGUAAAUUGAAUUACGCUUAGGUUCUUUUUUGUAUUAAAAUGACAAUUUUACUUUGCAUUUUUGUAGUGUUUUGGACGUUCAUCUGGCUUUUUUGGAAAAUACAUUAUGGAAGAGUUUCACACUGUGAGGAUGGAAUAAGCCAAACCUAAUACCCGCUUCUGCCUUGCGUAAACCUGUAACAUAAUCUGUACAUACACAGGGAUUGUACAAUAAAGAUGCAAAAAGUA